UGUUUUUCCGCUUGAAUCAAAAGCAUAAGUUAUUCGCAUUGAGCUAAAAUAAAAUGUUAUCGUCCAUUUAGAACUGAAGUCUUCUGUGUAAAUAAUAAAGUAAUCAACUAUAAGUGAAGAAAUUCCAAUAGAUGAAAUAAUUUGCGUAAAAUGGACACUGCAGCUCUAAGAAAUUUCAAAGACUUCCUUCAAAUUUACAACAAGAUGACAGAGAAUUGCUUCUUACACUGUACCAACAUAUUAAGUGACCGAGAAAGAUCCAGUGAUGAAAUAUGGUGCGUUGAUCAUUGCGCUCAAAAGCAUAUUAAUGUGAAUCAUAAAAUAAUGAAACUAUACAUGGAAAUUCAACCUGAAUUCACUCAACGAAAAAUAGAGGAAGCAAAUAAAAUUCAACAACAAAUGAUGGAAACGCAGAAUAGUGUUAGUGAAAAUGUUCCCAACUGAUGUGUUUUUUGUAAUACGUAUUUUAUUUCUAGCGAAAGUUUAUAUGUGAUUCAAACUGGUCCUUGAUGUUUUGUUACGUUGAGUAAAAUGUUUUCGUAUA